AUGGCUUCCUCCGGUCCUCUGGUCUCCGCGCAAGGUCUUACCGGCGAGCAGCUUCAUGCUGAAGAGAACUGGCUAAGUGAAUGGACCCUCGCCGCAGACUCAAUGGAUUGGUCUCAAUGGGAAAGUUUCUGGGACAAUAAUGCAUUUCUCCAAUUCUCUGAUACCCCCAAGCUAGAAGGUAAAGAAGCAAUUGCACAUCAUUGGCGCGAGAAGUUUGGUUUUCUGGAUCAAUUCAAGCACAUUCGUGUUGUGCGUCGGUCAUUCGAUGUUACGUCCGGCUUGAUUUACCAAACCGAACUCCUGAAUUAUCGGAUCAAAGGUGACCCCAAGGCGCGCGAUAUUGAGAUUCGCGCGUUGGUGGUAAUUCACAAGAAAAUUGGAAGCGCCACUAUAGAAGGCUUUGAAGCAUAUUUUAACCAGCAACCUAUAGCCGAUGUUGUACGUGAGCUUCGAGGCGCAAAAAGGCCUGAGUAG